AGGAUGAUACCUCAAAUAGCGUGGAAUAGUGUCUAUAUUAUUCUUAUAUUCUAUUAUGAAUUCAACAAUACUCAAAGUUGUAACUUUUACCAUGUUUAAUCCUCGUGAGUUGGUCUAGUUCGGUGCAUGGUGGGCUGCGUUGGAGCCAGCUACUGCCAUCUCUAUUUCUAACAUUCAACUGGCGUAAAAAUGUUUUUAGACCCCACUUGGGUGAGAAAAGGUAAUCACCCUUUCUGAUUUUAGCAGUGUGAUUAGAAGCUAGAACAUUGAACUUGAAAUGCAAAUUUAGGUUCUAUUCUUAUACGUGGUUUCGGAUUCGGCUCUCGAAGAAGCUCAGGCUUUUAUUAAUACAACAAGCAUACGUGUAAAUGAGAUCGUUGAAAGAUGCUCUAGUGUGCCACGUACAAGCCAUUAAAGCCAAUUUCAUGCUAUCCACUUUUACCACAAACCAGCUCAUUCAAGUCUACUCGGAGCACAGCUAUUUACAUGAAUCUAAAAAACUGUUUGAUGAAAUGCCUGAACGAAAUGUGUUCUCAUGGAACACGAUGAUUUCAGCCCAUAUAAAAUCCAACAACUUAGAACAAGCCCGGGCACUAUUUGACUCCGCCCCUCACAAGGAUUUGGUCACUUACAAUUCAAUGUUAUCUGGUUAUGUGUGUGCAGAUGGGUAUGAAGCUCAUGCACUGAAUGUGUUUCAAGAAAUGCAAAAUAAGCGUGAAGAUAUAAAAUUUGAUGAGUUUACUGUGACUAGAAUGCUUAACCUUUGUGCCAAGUUAUUGAAUGUAGGCUAUGGGAGACAGUUGCACGCAUUUUUGGUGAAGACAAGCAAUGAUGUUAGUCGGUUUGCUGUGAGUUCUCUUAUUGAUAUGUAUUCAAAGUGUGCAUGUUUUGAGGAUGCGUAUAGGGUUUUCAAUAUGAAUGAUGAAGUGGUUGAUUUGGUUUCCAAAAAUGCAAUGGUGGCAGCAUGUUGUAGAGAAGGCGAGAUGGAAAUGGCUUUGAAGAUCUUUUGGAGGGCGCCUGAGUUGAAUGAUGUGGUUUCUUGGAAUACUUUGAUUUCGGGUUAUGUACAUAAUGGGUAUAUGGAAGAGGGUUUAAAGUUGUUUGUUAGUAUGGCAGAGAAUGGAGUUGGAUGGAAUGAGCAUACAUUUGCAAGUGUUUUGAGUGCUUGUUCUGGUUUGAGAAGUUUGAACCGUGGGAAGGAAGUUCAUGCCUGGGCCUUGAAGAAUGGAUUGAUUUUGAAUCCAUUCGUAAAUAGUGGCAUUGUUGAUGUGUACUGCAAGUGUGAAAAUAUGAAGUAUGCUGAGUUGAUACAUUACAUGAGUGGAGUUGAGAACACAUUUUCAAUAGCUUCAUUAAUUCUGGGGUAUUCAUUGCAAGGCAACAUGGUGGAAGCUAGGAGGUUUUUUGAUUCAUUAGCAGAGAAGAAUGUGGUUCUUUGGACAGCUUUGUUUUCUGGGUAUGUCAAAUCAAGGCAAUGUGAGGCUGUAUUUGAACUUUUUAGUGAUUUUAUGUGUAAGGAAGCAAUGGUUUCUGAACCUCUUAUUCUUGUCAGUGUGCUUGGUGCCUGUGCCCUACAAGCUGCCCUGAAUCCUGGAAUGGAGAUACAUGCUUACAUGCUGAGAAUGGGUCUUGAGAUGGAUAAGAAAUUGAUUAGCACAGUGGUUGAUAUGUAUUCAAAAUGUGGGAAUCUGAUAUAUGCAGAAAUAGCUUUCCAAAGUGUUGCUGAACGUGACACAAUCCUGUACAAUGUAAUGAUAGCUGGUUAUGCUCACCAUGGUCAUGAAAUCAAAGCUAUUCAAUUGUUUGAGGAAAUGUUGGGAAAUGGAAUCAAACCGGAUAUCAUCACGUUUCUUGCAAUCCUAUCAGCUUGUCGUCAUUGUGGUUUGGUAGAAUUGGGUGAAAAGUAUUUUAAUUCCAUGACAGUAGAUUACAACAUUUUGCCCGAGAUAGACCAUUUUGCAUGUAUGAUUGAUCUAUAUGGGAGGGCAAAUCAGCUGGAGAAGGUCAUAGAGUUCAUGAAAAAGAUUCCCACAGAACAGGAUCCAGUAAUCUUGGGGGUAAUUUUGAACGUGUGUAGGCUAAAUAAGAAUGCAAAACUUGCUAGAGAGUUAGAGGAGAAAAUUCUUAGGAUUGAAGGAGGUAAUGGAGCUCGUUAUGUGCAGUUGGCUAAUGUCUAUGCGGCAGACGGAAACUGGGCUGACAUGGGGAGGAUAAGGAAGCAAAUGAGAGGGAAGGUGAAGAAAUUUCCUGGUUGCAGCUGGAUGUUUGUGGUAAAUGGAGUUCAUAUGUUUACCUCUUGUGAUAGAUCCCACUCCAAAACAGAAGCGAUAUAUUCGAUGUUAGCCAGUUUAACUGCAGAACUAUGUGAAACUGUUGGAACAUUAUAUUAUGAAAAUCUUGGCAAUGCAACACCGUGAGAAUUGUCACAUGUUGCUUGGGAAGUUGGUGUGGUUUUUACUGCACUGAGGAUGGAUCUGACAUUAAUAUUAUGGAGCUUGAGGGAGAUAAUCAACAUGGAAAGAAGCAAAUGAUAUAAAGAUGACUUUAUGAGGCGGCAAUACCUACAUCCUGCUUCUGCUGUUGAAGAGAGAGGUCAUACACAUAGCAUGUCCCCCCAGUAAGUACAUGUUGUGUCAUUUCUGGAACAGCUUCCUUUGCAUGGCACACACCGCACACAUGCACAAAAUGUCCUAGUUUUUUACUGUGAAUCGUGAUCGCUGAUCAUCAUAUUAUUAUAUAUUAGUCAUGAAAAGAUAUAUUCGAAGGAAAUUCAUGAUGAAACAGGAGGCAAGGCUGUCAAGAGUUUUGAUUAGAAAGGCUAUUGAAUGCCUAGCAAACAUUUGACAACAAUUCAAGGGUACUACCGAACUCCUGCCUCAUAAGAAGAUGCUACUUCUCCCAGGAGGACUGGGAUUGGUUUGGAAUGGCAACUCCUUGAGAAAAACAGACUGCUUUUCUUGUUAGAAAAUGCACCCAAUUCCCAAGAUCAAUGAAAGGAAACUAUCAGCGUUUAGCUCAACUAUCCCAGUUGUACUGGCUAUGGAUUUUGGAACAAUCCAAGAAUUAUGCAGACAUAGAACAGCAUGCUCCAUCGAGGAGUUCAAUUCCAAGUUUACAUCAAGAUUAAGGAUUCAAGUUGGCAACCAUUUUGGUCUGUCUAAGCUUAUCUCUAAGUUGUAAUUUUUCAUAACUUCCGCUAGUUGUUCUAAACUCGAUUCUUCUUCUUCCUCUCUCUGAUGUGGUCUUUACAGACAUUAAUUGCAGGAUGAAAUAUUUUGAUUAAGAUAUGUUACAAUUGCGCACUAUA